CUGCACUACAGGACCCUCCUGGGCAGCAGAGCUUGUGCCCACAUGGCAGCAGCUGCCUGGGGCAGUGCCUUUCUCAAUGCUCUGCUGCACACAGCCAAUACAUUUUCCCUGCCCCUGUGCCAUGGCAAUGCCCUGGGCCAAUUCUUCUGUGAAAUCCCACAGAUCCUCAAGCUCUCCUGCUCACAAUCAAACCUCAGGGAACUUGGGCUCAUUGUAGUUAGCCUUUGUUUAUCAUUUGGCUGUUUUGUGUUCAUUGUUUUCUCUUACGUGCAGAUCUUCAGGGCUGUGCUGAGGAUCCCCUCUGAGCAGGGACGGCACAAAGCUUUUUCCACCUGCCUCCCUCACCUGGCUGUGGUGUCCUUGUUUAUCAGCACUGGCACAUUUGCUCACCUGAAGCCCCCCUCCAUUUCCUCCCCAUCACUUGAUAUAUCAGUGUCAGUUCUGUACUCAGUGGUGCCUCCAAGUAAGCUGCUGUGGGCACGAGCCAUUGGCCAGAUGGACGCAGCCAAGCACUUUGAGAACACGGGCAGGCGCAAUGUCACAGCACUAAAGGGACUCGAGGUUGGCAAUUUGGCUGCUGUGCAGAGGAUCGGAGCCAACCCUCGAGGAGCGGAGAAGCUGGUUGAAAGUAUCCUCACUGCCCUGGGGAGAGGGAAAGGUUACUGGAGCUCCGGUCGUAGAUGA